AUAUUUUGUCCAGAUGGCAUCAGCGGCUACUACAACACACUUCCCAUCAUCCCGGAUACCAAGCGAGCCGUGCGCAUCAUCUGGCCCCUUAUUUCCAGAUGAUGUGCUCUUCACCACCGAAGCUUCUUCGGCUUCUUCCAGCUCAUGCCACGUGGAGAACGACAGUAGGCCCUUGUCGCCUACCAUGUUCACUGAUGGACGGACGCCAGUUAAUAUUUCGGCAAAACAUCUAAAAGAUCAUCCACUCCACGAGCCAACCGGCACUUCAGAAGUGCUAACAUUCUACCCAACAAUGCGGGAAUUCAAGAAUUUUAGCCAAUAUAUCAAGAAAAUCGAGCAAAACGGAGGUCAUCUGAAAGCCGGAAUCGCAAAAAUUGUGGCGCCCGAAGGUUGGACGCCACGGCCGACAAGGAAGGAUUUUUCAGAUGUUGAUGACUAUGAAAUUACACAGCCGGCCCGCGAAACAAUCGAAGCCACCGAAAAGCCCGGAGCCUACUUCAAACGAAACGUCACGUGUCGACGAAAAAUGCCAGUCCGCGAGUUCCGCACGCUAGCCAACUCUGCCCAAUACCGUAACCCGCGGCCCGAUCUAAAAGGCUCGGAAAUCGAAAAGCACUACUUUGACAACAUUCUCCACGGAGAACCGAUCUACGGAGCCGACACCGAGGGAAGCUUCUACGAUGCUCAAGUGGAAGAGUGGAAUAUGAAUCGGCUGGGCACAAUUUUAGAGGACACGAAUUACGAGAUUAAGGGUGUUAAUACAGUAUAUCUAUAUUUUGGAAUGUAUAAAACCACUUUUCCCUGGCACGCCGAGGACAUGGAUUUAUAUUCCAUUAAUUUCCUUCAUUUUGGAGCCCCGAAAUAUUGGUUUGCAAUCAGCUCGGAGCAUGCUGAUCGAUUCGAGCGGUUUAUGAGCCAACAGUUUUCAUAUCAGAAUGAGUAUGCACCACAAUGUAAGGCAUUCCUAAGGCAUAAGACCUACCUGGUGACGCCUGAGCUGUUGAGGCAGGCCGGGAUACCGUAUGCAACGAUGGUUCAGAGGCCGAAUGAGUUUAUUAUUACAUUUCCUCGUGGCUAUCAUAUGGGCUUUAAUCUCGGCUAUAACCUCGCAGAAUCCACCAACUUCGCCUCUCAGAGAUGGAUUGACUAUGGAAAGGAUGCGGUGUUGUGUGAUUGUAACAAGGAUUCGGUGAAAAUCGAUAUGACCCAUUUUAUGGCAAAAUAUCGGCCGGAUGAGUACACGACUUGGUGGACAUACUGGUACGGUGGCGGUCGGGAGCUCUGGAUUCCGAAGAAGAAGAAGGAGGUGCCGAAGAAGCGGCGGCAGAGCCUUGCCGAUGCAUCGAAGAUCGCAAAAAGAGCACGACUCGGAGCAUCAUCGACGGCGACGGAUUCUGAUGGAUCGUCGGGAUCAUCGGGAUCCGAGGAAGCGACGGAAGGAUCGAGCUUCAUGAGGGCUCUGCCUGCUGGAUAUACUGUACACAAUUGGCAGCUGAGACCGGAUUAUGAUGAGCUUUUGCGGAAGUAUAAGAAGGAGACGAAACUUCUUCGCUCGGACACACGAAUCGAUUUCUACCAGGAACGAGAAUUCAAUCAUGCUCGGCGAGCCGAAUGGCCGCAUUGCGCCGUCUGCCAGUACUUUCAGCCGCCUCACAUGAACGCUAUCAAUCAUACGGUGCCUAACUCAUCUCGCCGGCUCAUCCCAAAAUGGUGCUUCUCGAAAACCGACACCAAAAAGCACGAGGAUCACCACGAGCCGCCACCACCGCUGGACCGUCUGCUCACUUGCUCCAACUGCCACGUCACCGUCCAUUCUCAUUGCUGCUCUGGCGGCGGCGGCGGCGGCGGCGACGACGAUGACGUCACAAGCUCCGGAGAGCCCUGGCGCUGCCCACGAUGCCGAAACCGAACCGACGUCGAGAUCCGAACAACGUCCUGCCAGCUCUGCGAACUCCGCGGCGGAGCACUAAUCCCGUGCCAAAUCGGCACAGACUCGACGUGGGCUCACGUGGCGUGUGCUCUUUUCAAUCGAAGAGCCAUUUUUGAUUGCCCAAACCGGCCUGGAGCAUGCUUCGUCGAGCCAUCGCCCCGACAGCAAUCGGAGACCCCACGGAUGCCCCCCCGGCGGCUCAGCGAAGAGUAUCGCGCGGAGCUCGGCGAUCUCUACGAGAAUUCCCGUUGGGAAUGUGUCGUCUGCCAUCGAACAGACGAGGGUCUGGCUCCGUGUGUGCUCUGUAUUGAGGAGCAGGCGACCACAUCGCUUCCAACACUGGCUCAUGUCACGUGUGCUCGCCGUGUUGGAUUUGUGUGUGAAGUUCGUGACUAUCCACGUGGCGUUGUGAUGAUCUGUCAUAAGCACGAGCACUCGUAUCUCGUGAAUAAGACGACGCAGCAGCAGGCCUAUACUAACGUGAAAGUCGGCGAUUUUGUAUUUGUGGAGGACGUGGUGGAGCCGCCGCAGAAAUUGUUCACGAGAGGAGCCAUCGUACGAGCUGAUAAGAAGGAGACCGUUGUCGUUGACUUCCUUGAUAAUAGCUGUAGUCGUGAUAAUCACGUGGAGGAUAUCAUCUCGUGUGAAUGCCUGUUCUGUGAGAACGGAGAUCAUCAGUAUGGGGCGAGAGUAAAAGUAGUGUGGGACGACAAGCAAGUCUACGACGCGUACUUCCGUGGAAAAGGACAGAUGAUCGAGUACACGGUCCGACUGGAAGAUGGCCGAGAAGUCCGCCAUCCACGGAACAGGCUGAAAACGAAGCGAGAACUGAACGCGUAUCUCAAAAAAUAGCUUUAAUAAAUAAAUAAAUAUUCGAUUUUUUAAAAUUUACUAUUAAAUAGUCCCUGACAAAAAAUUCUUGUCAAAAUGUAAUAUAUUCUCUCUUUCCCGCCCGUCUACCCUCAAAUAUGUGAUCUCUGCGCCUCUUUUCCCCCCAGUUUUUUUUUGUACGAAAAGUCGAAGAAUCUCUAAUUAUCCCUGUUUUUCUGUUUUUUUUCUGUAUUUUUUUGUCAUUUAAAUAUUUUUCGCUAUUUUUCCCUAUUAUUUUGCAGAAACUUUUAAAUGUUUUCCCCGAAAUUGAUCAAUUUAUCUAAUAAACCUUUUUUU